UUCCUUGAAAACUUUUUAACUUAUUAUAUUUAAUCGUUGUUUGCUUCAUGACACGCAACUUUGAUCAACAAGGAAAGACGAAUUUAUCUCGUCUUUUUACACACUAUAUAGCACACACUCUCUUUCUCUCCGGAAAUCUUUAAAAACGAAUUUGCAUCGUAGAAGAAAAGUUUCAUCAUAUAGGAAAAUACGACACGCGUUAAACGACCACGAUACACGAGAGACGAUCAUCGAUUGCGUCUAGUCAAUAUAUUAAUUGUGUACAUAUACUAGGCUACACAUGUUACAACAUUUCGUUGAAGUAUGCGUGUAAUCGAUAACAGCACACCCAUUAUCAUCGACGUCUAUCGCGAAUAGCAUAUGUGUGCAAAGAUAAAUAUCAAGAAAGAUGAUAAAAAGCUCUCUCGUUUCGUCAUAUUUUUUUGUUCCUUGUCUCGUCUCUUCUCUUUCAAAAAGCUUAGAGUAUUAUCGAUAAUUAGGAGAGUAUGUAUGCAGUAUGUUCUGUGCGUUAGAUAAACUCCGAUAUAGAUAGAUUGUCGAUAAAAUUUGUGAGUCUACGACAUACUUUUGUUCAUUUCCUAUCGUACUUCGUAAAAACGUGCCACGAGAAUUUAUACGUUCUCGUGCUGCUUAUGAUGCAUCCAUACAUAUACAAAGCUUAUUUAUGCGCGAACAUUUUUAGAACUGGCGGGAUUCCCAACGUGUUUAAAGAACAUCAACCGUGUGUUUACCAGACGGGAUGACGAAGCGUAAAAAAAGGCGGUCAAUGGCAUUCCGUUUCGUUACGUUCGAUUACAAAACCAGGGAUUUUGUAAACAAUUAUUCUUACUAAAAAGAAAUGCAUUUUUCAGAAUUCGAGAUAUGAAAGGAGGUGUUAAGACUUUGCACGCUUUGCGCGCUUUGAUUAAACGACCAAUAUCGACAAAUGUACCAGGAAAUCUUAUCGAAACAAUUAGAAAUAGAAAUUGGCAAAUUGUUGAUCGAGAUAUCAUUGAACGAGCCAAAAUUGUAGACACCAUUUUAAAGUAUACGGAGAUCACUAACGAUCACAUGACCCCUGAUUUAAAGCUUUUUCUUUUAACACCUAGAUGUUCUUUAUAUUAUGAUUCGUUUGAUAAAAUUAAACAAAAACUCGACCAAGUGGAAAUACAAACUUUGACCAAUCCAUUUUGGUCCAUAUACUGGCCGGGUGGUCAAGGCCUAGUUAAGUUCAUAUUCGAGAAACAAACAAAUAUAUUUAUGCAUUCUAAGAAGGAUAUGAACGUAUUGGAUCUCGGAACUGGUUGCGGGGCUACAGCUAUAGCAGCUAAACUACUUGGAAUUCGUAAUGUUAUGGCAAAUGACAUCGAUAAAGUUGCCUGCAUAGCCACGCUCAUGAAUGCUACAUUAAAUGGCGUGGACGUUCAAGUAUCGUGGGAUAAUUUAUUGGAUAGACCACUCGAAAAAUGCUACGAUGUUAUUUUUAUCGGAGAUUUACUUUACGAAGAAGAAUUAACCGAGAUUUUAAUACCUUGGCUACUUGAUGCAGCCAAGAAAGGAACACGAAUAUUUCUUGGUGAUCCUGGGAGGCAUGGGCUUACAGAUAAAUUGAAGAAAUAUCUUAAACUAUUACGUCAAUAUGAAUUGCCGGAAAAUACGCGGAAGGAAAAUAAUGGAUAUAGCGAUGUUUGCGUAUGGCAAUUCAUUAACUAGUUCGCUUGUAAAUGUGUAAAAGUAUGCUCAAUUACAAACUUACCGGUUUUGUAAGAUAAGACUCUAAAUUUCCCUGCUGAGCUAUCGAUGUUG